AAAGACGUAAAUCCUGAACUGAUCGAAAUCCUAAAGAAUUCGUUCUACGUAGAUGAUUUUAUUUCAGGUGCCGAUGACGAAAAGGAAGUGCUUGACCUGACGAACAGUGCCAAAACAGUUAUGAAACGGGGCGCCUUUAACCUUCGAAAGUGGAAUACGAAUUCCUCCAGUGUUCAAGAAAAGUCACCGGAAACGGACAUCCAUACGAAGACUGCUCCAAAACAUUCGAGUGUCAAUGUUGUCGAAGAUGAUCAAUCUUAUUCAGAAUCAGUAACGUGUAAAUCUAUCGGUGUUACCAAUGGCAGCGUUAAGGUAUUGGGUACUAUUUGGAAUAAAUCGUCUGACGAGCUAGAGUUCAAAUUUACCGACCUUGCUGAGGAAGCGAAAGCCCUACCCGCUACGAAAAGAUCGUUAUUGAAAGUAAUUGGCAAGAUAUUCGACCCUCUUGGAUUUCUAAGUCCGUUUAUUAUACGUUGGAAGGUGCUGUUCCAAAUCCUUUGCAUUGAAAAUGUCAAUUGGGAUUCUGAGUUAAUCGGCGAACAUUUAAAUUUAUGGAACACUUUAAUCUCCGAGCUAGAGCGUUUGAACAAUGUUCAUGUACCGCGAUGUUACUUUCAAGAUAACGGUCUAUCGAAGACAAUACAACUGCAUUGCUUCAGUGAUGCAUCUAAGGCAGCGUAUGCUGCUGCUGUUUAUAUUCGAUCCAGUUACUCUGAUGGUCAUAUCGAUGUGAAUUUAGUGACGGCAAAAACGAGAGUCGCUCCGUUGCAGAAGCAAAGCAUCCCAAGACUCGAGUUACUCGGUGCAAACAUUCUCGUACGACUCGCUGCGAAUGUAAAGAACGCCUUGAACUUGUCACAAGAUGUGAUGAUAAUUUAUUGGAUCGAUUCAAUGACGGUUUUGUAUUGGAUAAAAAAUAACAAGCCAUGGAAGCAGUACGUGAUGAGCCGAGUAAACGAAAUUCGUGAGUUGACCAACCAAGAGUUGUGGCGACAUUGUCCGGGUAAGCAAAACCCUGCUGAUCUUCCAUCUCGUGGACUAAAUGCAUCGGAACUAACAAACGAAAUCCGAUGGUGGAAGGGCCCUGAAUUUCUUUACAAGCCCGAAGCUGAUUGGCCGCAAACGGCAGAAAGCAAGGAAACAGAAUUUACUAAAGACGAAGUUGUGAAGAAUCCUGUUAAACAGACCCAUGCACUAGCAUCUUCUGCACCCCGAACAAUUGAGAAAGACGAUGUGUCCAACGUUAAUCUCGAAGCGAUUAUAGACUGUAACCGUUACAGCUCUAAAACGAAACUAUUACGAGUAACAGCAUUAGUUCUGAAAUUCGUGAAACACCUGAAACUCGAAGAGGGAGCUCGUACGACGGAGCCAGUGGAAAUCAAUGCAAAGGAGUUGUUAGAAGCAGAAAUGUUAUGGUUAAAGAGCAUACAAUCAGCUGCGUUUGAAACGGAGUUUAGGCUCUUGAAAUCGAAGAAAGAGAAAAAUCAGCUUAUAAAUCAACUCAACUUAUUUCUUGAUGAACGUGAGUUGAUCAGAUGCCAAGGACGACUCGAUAACUCAGAUUUACCUACCGAAGUCAAGACACCCAUUCUGUUACCGUGUAGACAUCGCUAUACGGAGUUUUGUAUUCAAGAGGCUCACAAAAACGUACACCAUAACGGGAUAAGAGAAACGCUUAAUCGUGUUAGGGAGAAGUAUUGGGUCCUCCGGGGAAGAGAAAGUGUAAAAAGAAUUGUUAAACGAUGUGUUGUAUGCAAGAAGAUGGAGGGAAAAUCAUUUUCUACACCACCAGUUCCAGCACUCCCCCAGAGUCGUGUAAGUGACGAUCCACCGUUCGCGAAUACCGGACUGGACUUUGCGGGUCCCUUGUUAACAUCUGAAGACGGUAAAACAGAGAAAAUAUAUAUAUGCUUGUUUACGUGUGCGUCAACUCGUGCGGUUCAUUUGGAGUUGCUCAAGAGUAUGUCUGCCGAGUUAUUCCUGCAGGCAUUUCGUCGUUUUACAAGUCGAAGGGGGUUGCCAAGAAAACUUUUGUCUGAUAAUGCAAAGACCUUCAAGGCCGCUGCUAAAGAAAUACGAACCAUUUCUCGUGCUACGAAUGUUCAACGCUACUUAACAGACAAUGGUGUCACAUGGGCGUUUAUAACGGAGAAGGCGCCGUGGCACGGCGGAUUUUGGGAGCGAUUGGUUAGGAGCGUAAAGAGAUGUUUGAAAAAAUCACUUGGGCGUACUUCCCUUACAUUUGAGGAACUUCGAACAGUUAUAGUCGAGAUUGAAAGCACUCUAAACAGCAGGCCGUUGACUUAUAUAUACGAUGAGCAGGAGGGUGUUUCUUAUCCCCUCACCCCUUCGUGUCUGAUAUAUGGACGGAGAAUUACAACAACGCCAAGUGACAGUCAUUUCGAGAUUGCAUGUACGAAUAAAACAUUGACCAAACGCGCGAAGUAUCAGAAUCGCAUUUUGAAGAAUUUUACGGAUCAAUGGAAGAAAGAGUACCUAGUUAGCAUUCGCGAAGCUUCACGUUCAGAAACUAACAGAAAGGAGUCUAUAGAAGUCGGUGACGUUGUUAUUCUCAAGGAUGGAAACCAACCACGAACCUUUUGGAGGUUAGCUAAGAUUGAAACAUUAAUUCCGAGUAAGGACAAAAUAGUUCGUUCAGUGAUGGUGAAGGUUUUGGGCAACGAUAAGAAGAAACCAAUUCUAUUGCGAAGACCGAUUCAACACCUCGUGCCUUUGGAAGUUCGAAGCAAGUUGGACUAA